AUGACUACAUGGAAGGAGAGGCACUUCCUAUGUAAGGACAAAUAUGUGUCAUGGCCAGGGUUUUCUCCAAGACCAUACCAUAAAUUGGCUCUUGAAAGACCACCACACACAGAUGCCAAAAUCAAAGUUAGCCAGAAAAUGCGUUGCCCAGUUGAAGAGGGUGCCCCUUGGCAUGUCUGGGCAUACCAUACAUGGCUAGAUGUAGGGCGGUUGCCGCCCAUCUAUGACCCAAGACCUGACAAGCCUUUUGACAGCAAAACAUGGCGAUGGAUUACGGCUGCCAAGAAACAUCCAAUGGCUGAGCCUCUAGUCCCACCUCCUUCACAAUUGGAUGGGAACACCUACAUUAAGUUUAUCGAAGGGGAAGGGUUGUUUGUGGACCAGAGACAUAAAGAAAGAGUUCUGAACCAAACACAGAAAGAAAUAACCUGGUGUGAACAACUCAAACUGCGGAGUGAGUGCCGAGAUCCUCCUCUAGAUAUUCAGGGAAAUAUUAUGCCUCCCAAAGCGUUCAAACGAUAUAAACAUCUACUUUCAAAGAAAAGUCCAGCUGGUGUUCAAUUGCAGCCUGUCACACCCCCUUCUAGAAGCUGCUGGAACUGCCGUUGUCCAAGUCUCCAACCCCAUUAUCAAGAGGCAGCUGUCAAGUUUGCCCUGAAGAACAGCAGUCCAAUCUACCAGGAGGUGGUGGAAAAAUACCAGGAACUGGCCCUGUCUGGGAGCAAAAUAAAGCCUUGUACACCUAUCAUCUAA